AUGAAACCAAAUUCUCAAUCUCUGAUCAUCGCUACUAUUAGUCUUGGGGUCGGCGUGUCCGCGGACCUUUGGGAUGACUUCUCAAACAACCUCGCGACCGAUCUAGCCCCGGUCAUCUCGCUCUUUGGAGAGCAGGUAACCAAGCAGUACCUUAGCGAGAGUACAACCCUUCUUGACUACCUCAUUUUCGCCAUGGCCCCGAUCGGGGUUAUCACAGCCAUAGUCUCGGCCGUUCGAGUGUCCGGCAGCCCGUCGUUGCGUUCCUUUGUCGGCAGGGCUAAGGAGGGCCAGGGCAAUAUCGAGGCAGAACUUCUAUCUUCAACAAGUCGCGAUGUCUGCGAACUUUACAAUAAUGGCGGUAUCGCACGUGUCAUCGGACGUCCCAAGAUUCUGGAAUUUGUCCACGAUCCUGAUGCUCCAUAUGCAGCGUUUCAAAGACCUCACGGAACGGCUGGCAUAACGACAUUUGAGGAAUAUUGCGAAACAGAAAACGGUCGGCAAGAAUGGAUACGGCAGAGUGAAGAAGCUAGCGAGAUUACGUAUCUUCCUCCUAAUCUUUCCCACAACGUCGGUAUCGUUCGUCCUAAUGAAUCGUGGUUCAAAGUUGUUGCGAUACUCGGAAUUGUUAUUCAAAGCAGUGUUCUGGCUUUUGCCGCUUGUGCAACAUAUCUCCUCAGAUGGAAUAAAGAUGGCAAACAACCAUCCAAAUACGCUUGCCCUAUGGCCAUCGCUGGAACUGUCCUUGUUUGCGGGGGCGUGUUUCUCUGCGCAUUUACUCCUCGCCAAACGUUGGGAGAUCAGACUUACGAACCAUUCUGCUACAUCCAUCAAAGGACUUUGAGGCAGUAUAGGAAAUCAGAGAGAACGAUCAUCAAUGGAGAGCACGAAUCCGCAGUCUGGGUCGCGGUAGCGACCACUGUCAUAGGGUUUAUCGUGCAAUUCGUUGGUUUCCGUGGUAUACAUUCAGCAGUUUCAGUGGCCCAACUCGGAGCAGCUCUAGUCAUGACUAUCGCAAGGGCUGGUCUACGUGCGAGACGUUUAGACGACUUAGGGAGUAAGAUUCUCUGGGGAUUCUUUGAGGAGCGAAACUUCGAGCUUGACUGGCUCGCCCUCCACCUGGGCAAAGAAGAUAUCGAGAAAGAUCUAGGGCUAGAUAUGUGUGACGUUGACUCCGUACAUUCCCGUGGAAACCACUACUACUCUUGGGUGGUCUACGGCGUGUCAGAUAUUGGAGAAAGAGUAUUGGAAUGUUCGCCUAACAGCUCUCAUAACCAUGGUAUAGCUGACAAUCUUGAUACGGUUGAAAAGAUAGUAGCUUAUCGGCGUCGACUUGGGGAACUCACUGACCCUAAUCAAGGUGAAAGAGAUAUGUCCUAUCUACAGUGGGGAACAGAAAAUGUCGAAGUACGAAGCACAGCUACCAAGCUUGCCUCCGCCAUCCAGUCAGCUACCACCAAAGUGUUCAUGUCUUCGCCAAUAUUAAAGAAGAGAUGGAAAUUGGUUUGUCACAUAAAAAUAGCAGCUAAGUGCGGUGUUGGACUUGGACAUGAUCAGAGAGAUUGUCGUUUAUCCUUCGACGGUUGGACACCCUUGGGGCGCAUUUAUUUAUCGAGCCCCGAGUUGCAAGGUCACAAGCUUUUGUCUAUAGUCAAGAAUGGAGAGGACCAGUGGGAGAUUGAAGAUCGACAUGAACUGGAGGCAGUUUUGGGAUUGUGGAGUUGGUCUCUCAAUUGCCAUCGAUGGAAGGGAUAUGGUGAGAGACUUCGGGGAACACUCAACCGAAGGAUCUUAUGCUGGGACAAAAGCCCCAGCGGUUUGGGCUGGCAAUAUUGGGCUGAAGAGUCAAAACCUCGCGAGAACCGAAUUUCGAGGCCGGAUCUAAGUUGGAAUCCUCGCACAAUAUGGUUAACAGAGUCACUCAAGGAUCAGAACGCGAACAAAUUUGUUCCUUCGACGUUGUCACAGUAUCCCGAAACUGAGGUGUUAACGCAACUGUUCGGGUGGUAUUCGGGAGAGCCGUCUCUUCUUCCUGCGGAUAUGGAAGACCUGUCCAUCUGGACUUUACCAACCGACUCUACCUUUUUAUCGCUUUGUAUGCAGGAAAUAUUCGGGCUGUGUGUGAAAAGUCUUCUAGAAGCAAUGGAAGACACAGGUGAAGUCAGCGUCCGAGAAACGCCAACAGGGCCACGUUUAGAGAGCCAUCUUGUCUCGGGCCUAGUUGAUAUUCUGCUCGAAAUGGGAUUAGUGUCUCGAGACGACGCCAUUUCGUGUCUGUUACCGACCGUGGUUUUCGAAGAAUUCAAAGCUAAUCGCACACCGCUAUGGCAUGCCGCAAGGACUGGCCACGAGGCAAUGGUGACCGAACUACUCCAAACGAUGCAAGAUGACAAAGACUUACAAGAUGAAAAAGGCAGAAGUCCCCUAUGGCAGGCAGCAGCAAACGGCCACGACGUGGUCCUCGGGCUUUUACUAGCCCACGGCGCGGAUAUGAGUAGUUGCGAUAAUUCUGGGAGAACGCCACUUAUAGAGGCGACGACAAAUGGACAUAGGAAUGACAACAAAGGUCAAACAGCAUUAUCUCAUGCCGCAGCUCAAGGCCAUGAAGCUAUCGCAGGCCUUCUUCUUGACGUUGGAGCAGAUGCCAAAGCCUUGGAUAGUGCUGGGUUUACGCCCCUAUCAAGGGCGGUAGAUGCGGGACACGCGGGCAUCGUCAAACUGAUACGCAUGGCAGUUCAUGACGACAGUACGAGGCUAAGAAAUGAUUACAGUGUUUUCAACAUUGACGAAGCGAAAAUUCGAGUUGCAAAAGAUCACUGGAAUCAUUACAGCACAUUCAUAGAGAGUUGUCUUGCCGCUGAGAAGGGCACAAAUGCUUCAAGUUUCCAACCGUGGAGGCAGACCAUUCGGAUUGCCAUUCUGACGGCAAACAUUGAACCAACUGAUCCCAGGUCAAAAUGGAAAGAAAACACAGACAGAGUCCAUUGUAAGGUUUGGGUCAACGAUGGCAUUCUUCCUCCCUGGCUACCAUCGACAAACAAGGAUCUCAGGCUUACCAUCCACAAGGCCUACAAACAAGGGAAAACUUUGAUGGCUGCAGCUGAAUCAUUCGGCUUCGAAGGCAGACGAUCAUACCCGGCAAGCAGCCCGUACGUCAUUGGUAUACACGCGGUUGAUGGGCGUGGAAAAGACUUUGGAGUCAGUCCAGUCCUAGUGAAAGGCGAUUACAACUUCUCCACGCUGGGUAUAGCUGUAGAAAAGCCUGGCCCGGCAGGCGAUAGCCAUGACUCUCAAUACGUCUCAGGUGCCAUCUAUUCAGCCGUCAUCGCAGCCAGCGCAGCGGCGACCCUUCUCGGGUUUUCAAGGUGUAACCUCAAGCUCGAUCACCAAGAAGAUCAGGAGUGGCUAUGUUAUACGGAAGGGCUUCGAGAGAUGCUCCGACUGGCGUCAGUCAAUAUUGACGGGUACAGCUAUAUUGCUCCAUGGACGCUUAUUGGUAGCAAGAGUAAUCUGGAGGAUAUUUGCGAUAUUAUCAUGAUGGUAGUACGGACAAGGACGAAAGGAUUUGGCAAGGCUUAG